GGUCGUCAUCGUAAGAGCUGUGAGUUGGAAGAUCUGAUAAAUGUGAAGAAAUGCGCGUGAAUUUGUGCAGAGCAGCGCGUGUGUUCGUGUAGUUUGAGUUAAUGAAGCAGUUACAUACCGUUUUAAAGACUGAAGAUGUCGUGGAUCAAAGAAGGUGAAUUAAACCUGAUUGAAAAGAUUUCAGCCAAUGUCUUAAAGGCUGGACCCAUGCCAAAACAUGUGGCCUUCAUCAUGGAUGGUAACCGCCGAUUUGCGCGUAAGAAAAACAUGGAGCGGCAGGAAGGACAUAUGCAGGGCUUCAACAAGCUGGCAGAUACACUACGUUGGUGUAAACAGCUCAACAUCCAGGAGGUGACAGUGUACGCCUUCAGCAUCGAGAACUUCAAGCGCACUAAAGACGAGGUGGAUGGGCUGAUGGAGCUGGCCAAGCAGAAAUUUGAAAGGCUGUUGGAGGAACGGGAAAACCUGGAGAAGCAUGGUGUGUGUAUCCGGGUCCUGGGGGACUUAGACAUGCUGCCGCUCGACCUUCAGCAGCUGAUUGCCAAAGCUGUGAUCACAACCCGAGCUCACAAUAAAUGUUUCCUGAAUGUGUGUUUUGCCUACACGUCAAGAUAUGAAAUCACAAAUGCGGUCAGAGAAAUGGCUUGGGGAGUGGAGGAAGGCUUGAUCAAAGCAAGUGAUGUUUCGGAGGCGUUGCUAAGUGAGUGUCUGUACAGCAACAAUUCUCCAAACCCUGACCUGCUCAUCCGCACGUCUGGAGAGGUGCGCCUCAGCGACUUUCUUCUCUGGCAGACGUCCCACUCCUGUCUAGUGUUUCAAUCAGUUCUGUGGCCGGAGUAUUCAUUCUGGAACCUGUGUGAAGCCAUUCUUCAGUAUCAGUUAAAUCAUAAAUCCAUUCAGAAAGCCAGAGACCUGAAUCAAGAGCAUCAGGCCUUACUGCAGCUAGAGUCGGACCGGGACUGUAUGGCCGAGCACCUGCAGCAUCACGGGAAUGGAAAACCUGCGGACGCCCAGAGGAGACAAGAGGCGCUGCUGCACUACACCACCUGCCGGGAAGAACGAGUUCAGGAUUUCCUAGAAGCACUAAAGCACAAGAGAGACUCUUACGUUAAUGACUUAUGCAGUGAAGGGGUCUCGGCCCAGUAGGGCUCCGAAGAGGAAAAACAGUCGGUGGAGAGGAGGUGAAACUCUCCUCUUCACACAAGGGCUUCUGUGGAAGAAGAGCGAACAGUUACUGGGAAUGGGCUCAUUUUGUUGCUGAUUUGUAAAAUACAACAGAGCAAUUUUACCCCCAUGGGGCUGUAGAAUAAUUGUAAUAUUUAUGAUUGUAGAUUUAAAAAAAAAGAAAAAGAAUCUAAUGUUUGGAAACCUCUGGUCAAGAUGUAGUUAAACAAUUUGUGUGAAUUAUCUGUGAAAUGCAUGCUGUUGAUGGGGAGAUCGAAUUCUCUGAGUGAAACCCAGAGACCCUGUGUUCUGUAAAUGCUUCGACAAAGCAGCCACUCGCGUUAAUAUAAAGUAAUGGUGGAUAAUAUUUGUUGAAGCCCAAAGAAAGUGUUGUGUCUUCAGUGUGAUGUUGAUGAACUAGUAACUAGAUUUUGACCAGCUUUCUCAACAGAAACGAGUGAUUCCUGUAUGUCAGAUAUGAUUAAAUGAAGUCUGAAUCAUGCCUUUUUA